UCUCUCUCUCUCUCUGUGUUCUAUGCCAGACCGCCACCAAUUAAACUACAUUCCCACCAAAUCCGCGCACGCAGAUCUGAACCCCACUCCGCCAUAUCCCCGCUCGCUGAAAACCCUGAUUCCAUUAUGGAGGAGGCGUUGGAGUUGGCACGUGCUAAGGACACGAAGGAGAGAAUGGCGGGUGUGGAGAGACUCCACCAACUUCUAGAAGCUUCUAGAAAGAAUCUGUCGUCGUCGGAAGUGACUUCGCUCGUCGAUGUGUGCUUGGAUCUCUUGAAAGACAACAACUUUAGGGUUUCUCAGGGGGCACUCCUAGCUCUCGCCUCCGCUGCUGUUCUUUCCGGUGAUCACUUGAAACUUCACUUCAAUGCCGUAGUUCCGGCAAUCGUUGAAAGAUUGGGCGAUGGUAAACAGCCAGUUCGCGAUGCCUCUCGGCGGCUCUUGCUCACUCUCAUGGAGAUUUCUUCACCAACCCUAAUCGUGGAAAGAGCAGGGUCUUAUGCCUGGACACACAAAAGCUGGCGAGUUCGCGAAGAGUUUGCACGGACUGUCACAUCGGCUAUUGGUCUUUUUGCAUCUACAGAGCUCCCUCUUCAACGUGCUAUUCUGCCUCCUAUUUUGCAGAUGUUAAACGACUCAAAUCCUGGUGUUAGGGAUGGAGCUAUAUCGUGCAUUGAGGUUGUUAUAUUGAUUUCCAAAAACCCACAGUUGUCUCACAGGCAUUUUGGCCUGAAGACAGCUCAAAAGAGGUGCCUAAGACUCGCAUCAAAUAUUAGAUUCCAGAUUACCAGCACUGCUGCCAAUCCAAGGCUGAAUUUCACUUUACAUAGACACUUCGACGGUUCAUUCCAUAAAAGAUUCUGUGCAGAAGACCUAGUGCAGCUUUGA